AUGGCAAAUUCCGAUCCCUUUUCAUUGUCGUCGAUGCUCAAUGCUUUACCGAAUCUCCGUCUUCCCGCCGCAAGAGAAACCAUGAAGGAGGAGAUUCCUGUGUUUCCUCCUCCUCCACGUGGCGUCCGGUUCUCCAUUCCUCCUCCGGGAUUCGCCCCACCGAAAGAAACCAAUCUUCCUAUAGCGAAGCAACCUCUAAACCAUCCAUGCUUCUGCGGAUUUCGCUCGGCCUUCACUCCUCAGGAGAUGCGUUUGCAAUGGAUGUUCCACUUUAUGACUAAUAGCGAAGAAGAUGAUGUGGCUCCGUUUAGAGACAUGAACUCAAUGCAGAGGAUGGCUUCUUUGCUGACGUCAGAUUCCGAUUACUUCAUGGCGAUCGCGAGAAACAAGAACGGCUCCAAACGCCUACAGAAGCUUCUCGGAAAAUCAGAUGACGCGGACAGCUUCUUCGCCGACGCUAUCUUGCACCGUUUUCUCCACAUGACGACAGACAAGCACGCGUCCCACGUGGCGAUAAAGGGGAUGCGAGUUUUCGACAAGGACAAGAAAGAAGCAAUGUACCAUCGCACGCUCCACUUCGCGCUUGACUUGGCGCGUGACCUAAACGGCUGCGUCGCGCUCAACGAGAUCAUAACCGACUUGGACCAUCCUUACUACAGGAAUCAGAUACUAGACUUGGUCGUGGACAGCGCUCUUUCGCUAAGCAACGAUGUUUAUGGCAACUUUGUGAUCCAACACGUGCUUAAACUGAAUGACUUGCGUUGCACGCGUAACAUCGCGGUUAACCUACGUGGUCACUGCGUUGAUCUCUCGUUUAAGAAGUAUGGGAGCUACAUAGUCGAGCGGAUUUUGGAGGUGGAAGAGUCAAUGGUUGUGGUGAUGUCGGAGCUUUUGGAGUGCGAAGGAGACAGAUUGAUGAGGCUGGCGAGGAGUGGGUUUGGGAAUUUCGUGGUGGCCAAGGCACUGAGAGUCUUGCAGGAGAAUACGUUUAGGGCUUUUAUGUUUUGGCGUUUGGUGGAUAAGCUCAUGCCUUUUCUCCAUCUCUUGCGUAGAUCUCGUGGAAGCAACAUUGCAGCGAUCUUGGAGUCGUAUUGUAAGCCUGCCUCAAACUAG